AUGGCACUGCGGCGCCGCGCCGCAGCGGCCCCUCUUGACUUCCGAUUCCACCGACCGGAUGCCUUGGCCAAGCUGUGCCGCUACCUGUCCCUGGCCCUGCUGUGCCUCGCGGCAUUUGCUGACCACCUCCUGCGGGCCCUGCGCCCUGUGCUGGUGGUGCUUGCUGCGGGUCGAUUCCGCGAACGGAAGACUGGAUGCGCUACCGCGGGCUCUCGCGGCGUGAAGCCCAAGCCGCCGCGGGUGGCGUCGAUCGUGGUGGCAGAGACGCGCGAGGAGCGCAUCUCUUGGGCCAGGAUUGCGGACUUGAUCGUCUGGUGCGGACAGGCGGGGAUGAGAUACGUGUUCGUCUACGAUCCCAGAGGUCUGGCAAAGGAAAAUCCAGAGGGUAUUGCUGGCGCUCUGAAAAUCGCAAACAAGCAGGGAGGGUGGGACAUCAGAUGGACAUUUGGAUGGGACACGCACCAAAGUAUCCUAAAGCCUGAUGGAGUUUUCAUCGCCCAGAACGGCCAAUCGAUUGAUAAGGAACUGCGUGAUCAUGGAAAGCAACACGUUAUUCCCCAAGACCACUUAGUUCUGCACAUCCUCUCUCGCCAGGACUCGGUAGCUCCUGUUCUGAAGGCUGUGAUGCACUCAAGAAGUGCAUCAGAGGAUGCACCCCCACUGUGUGACUCAGCUGAUAGUCUUGAGCUUCCGCACAGGGCUGAAGCAUCAAUUGGCUAUUGUCUGCAUGUGCGCGCAGACUCCAACAAUGCGCUCUUGCAACAGCCCCAGGAUCGUAGCAUGGGUUCUGGACAUACAGAAGAUGCCGCUGCCCUUCCCUCUCAGGUAUGUCUGGAGGAAACAAGUCCCAAAACAGUGCAGCAUUCAAACAGCAGCACAAAUGCACCACGGAGUGCACUGAAGCCUCACUUGUUGAGGUCACAAAUACAGGAAACUGUCUGCGAAUCGGCAGUCCUGGAGCCAGAGAUCAUGUUCGUGGUGGGAGGUGCCUUGUCUCUGUCUGGCUGCCCGCCCUGGCAUGCGCGGUUCAGUGAGAUAUACUAUCUUGGGGCACUGACAGGCAUCACAAAGAAGAAUUUUGAGAGUGCGCUCAGCAGAUACAUGGGGACUGAGCAGCGAUUCGGUGUAUAG